AUGGGUCGCCACAAUCUGCAUGUGCUGUUGCAUACUCAAGUGACCAGACUGGUCUGGGACGAAAACCGAGCCGUGGGCGUGGAAUACGUGCAGUGGGACAACCCUCGUCUCAACGGACCGCUUACGCCCGCGCCGAAGUCAUCUUGUCUGCGGGCGCCAUCCACACCCGCUCAUUCUCACCUACUCGGGCGUCGGACCAGGGAUGUUCUCAAGAAGUUCAAUAUCCCGGAAGUCUCGUCCCUGGGAGGCGUGGGCGGCAAUUUGCAAGACCACCUCAACCUCCCGCUCUACGUGCAAUUGCAGAAACCCGUCGCCUUGAAUCCUGCAAAGCUACGCACGAUUAGCAACUUGUGGGAUUAUUUCAUACAUGGAAAAGGAGACCUCGGCCGGGCUGCCAUCGAGGGCGUGGGCGUGAUGCCCGUCGCCCACAGCCAACCGGAAGUGGGCGUGAUCCUCUUCAACAUGGGCGCCGUGGACAGCCACCUCUACUCGGGCAUUUCCAAUAUGAAACUUGACUACUUCCACUCGACCUUCCCGCACAUGGACAACCAGAGCUCCGAGGGCUUCAUCUUCCUCGCCACCUGCCUCCACCCUAAGAGUCGUGGGCGGAUACGACUCGUGAGCGACGACCCAAGGCAUCCUCCGUCCAUUGAUCCCAACUACCUCCACCACCCGUACGACCUCGCGUGUAUGAGGGACGCCUUCAAGUGGGUGAUGCGGCUGACCCGAACUCGCGCCAUGCAGGAGCUGGGCGCCUCCGUCCACCUCCCCCGCUACGACGAGUGCGUCCGGAAGAGUGGGCGUGGGGGUGAGGGCGGCGGGGAAGACACGCGCGCUCUCUACAACGAGUACGUGUCGUGUCUGGUGCGAGUCGGGGCUAUCACGGGCUACCAUCCCCUGGGCACGGCGCGGAUGGGGAGGGCCAGCGACCCCGAGACGGUGGUGGAUCCGGAGCUCAGGGUACUGGGCACGAAGCGGUUGCGAGUGGCGGAUGCGUCAGUUAUGCCCACGCAUAUUUCGGGCACGCCGAACUCUGCCAUUCUUGUCAUCGCGGAGAAAGCCGCCGACAUGAUCAAGGAGACCUGGAACGACGAGAAGAGCUUAGCCCAAGAAAAGAUUUGCUCGAGCUCUCCCGACUGCGAGGAGAAGCUCUUAGCCAAGCUCUCCAACGCUGCCGGGUUCUCCGUCACAGCAGCGCCCUCCCUCACCACCGUCGUCACCACCACACUCCUCGUAUUCACCACACGUACCCUGGCUGCGUCAUAACUAGUUUUGUCUUUGUUUUUUUUAUUACUUAUAAGUAGAUUUGUCUGUUUUCUUUUCUUUUCUUUUUGUUAUUUAUUUUUGUCUUCUUUUCUUUCUCUCUACAUGAUGAAUCAGCUAUAGUAUACUUUGCUAUGAUUGUUGUUUUUGCUUUCAUUUGAUUGUUGUUAAAGCGAUUGUUAUUUUUAUUGAUAUUACUGAUAUUAUUGUUAUUAUUAUUAUUAUUACAAUUAUUAUCAUUAGCUCUAUUUUUAUUAAUUAUUCAUAUCAUAUGUUCUACACAGACAAAAUGAAUCUUUAAUUUUCAGAUUUCAGAGAAAAUGUCAGUCACUUUGCUAAUACCUAAAUUCUGUAUAACAUGUAAUAAAGCAAUCUUUCGUGUAAUUUACAUAAUAAAAG